GCCAGCUGCCAGUCGCAGUCGGCUUUUGACGCUUGUUCUGGCGCGUCCUGUCUUGCCUCGGAGCUUAUGUUAACUUCCGUAACCGGUUUUCAAAAAAAGAUUCACUUCUAACUUGUCUAUUGAACUUGAAUUGUGUUGAAAGUGCUUUUAAGAACUUUAUGAAGUGAAGGUCAUGAUUCGACAAUCUUCUCUAUAAACUGACGGCAGUAGUGCCGGUGUUUCAUCAGAGUGGUACGAAGAAUGAGCCUCGAUGUUUAAGCGGGGGCAAAAGUCUCGUUACAUCCGGGUGGUACUGAGGGCGGGAUCGUGGAAGCGUGUGCCCAUGAAAUUGUUUAAGUGGAGUAGAAAGAUGUCUUUGACAAGACAAUACGACCUCGUCGAUAAUGACGAGUACGACAACAAGAUGUCUCUGCAUCCAGAAGAGGCGUUCCAGUAUGGAAUCGCGUUUCCUGCUAAGUACAUUGGGACAAUGGACGUGCCACGACCAACAAGCCGUGUGGAGAUUGUUGCUGCAAUGCGCAGAGUUCGUUAUGAAUUCAAAGCACGAGGCAUGAAGAAACGUAAAGUGACCGUAGAUGUGUCGACGGACGGUGUGCGAGUAACAACUCGGAGUAAAUUUACCAAAGGAAAGGGUCCCGGAAAACUGUUUGGACGCAAGACCACAUGCAGUGAAACAAUUGAAAUAAUGCACCACCCUAUAUAUCGCAUAUUCUACGUGUCUCACGACAGUUCCGAUUUGAAGAUUUUCUCAUACAUUGCCAGAGAUGGCGCUACUAACGUUUUCAAGUGCAGUGUCUUCAAGAGCACAAAGAAGAGUCAAGCAAUGCGUAUAGUUCGCACUGUCGGCCAAGCUUUCGAGGUGUGUCACAAGAUGCAGACUCCGGAACAGGCAGCGUCUUCUGCGGCAGAGGAACAGGCCUCCGUGCAAGCCAGCGAAGCGGGUACAUCUAGAGCUCCGGCCUCUGACUAUGCUCAAUCUGCGCCAUCUACGUCGAGGGAAGUCGAUGAUCCCGGGGAAAUUAUUCGGCCUACAACAUUGGAUCUCCCACAACCAAAGAAGGAUAGCAAGCGAACCCAACCUGGUGUUCCAAGCAUAAACCUCCUAGACCUACCGGAAUGCAUAACCAAAGUAGAUAUCUCACCAAUGCCAGAAGAUGAAGCUACUCCGCUGUCAGCUCAACAUCAGCUGCAAUUGUUGAAGGAGAGGCUCGAACAACAGGCACAGCAAACCCGAGCAGCUGUCGCGCAACUUAUGCUUUUGCGCGACCAGCUCGCUGCGGAACAGGCCGCGCGGUGCGAGGCUCAGGCCCGUACACAUCAGCUCCUAGUUCACAACAAGGAACUUCUAGAACACAUUGCCGCCCUUGUGUCUCAUUUGCAGGACCGGGAGAAGGGAUCGAGCCGACCAAUCAACGCUCAACAACUUACACUUAUCCCUCAGGGAAAAACUGGAAACAUCAAUAAAGAAGGACUCUGUAACGGAGAUUCACCAAACGACGAUGCCGUGCUCAACAAAAGUUCACACACUAAAAAAAAAAAACAAAACGCCGAGAACAACAAUAUUCGCCUGUCUGCAUACUGUUUAACACCACCCGAAAGGCGUAAUGGUCCCAGCUCCGCGCCCAAUUUCGGCAGCAUGUCCAACGAACAGAUACAGAACUAUCUAAUCUCGAAAUUCCAAGACCUCAAUUUCGAGGACGAUGAUAAGUGGAAUCAACAAUUCUAUCAGAAUUCCAACGCGUUUCCAAACAUCCCACCACUUACGAACCACUACAGCAAUUCGGAUCUAUCCAGCCUGUUAAACCACCAGGUAUACAACCAGAAUUCAAAAUCGUCGGAGGAGGCUGGUGCGAUGGCGCAGAUGAGCAUCGGGCACUCGCAGAACUCUCUAUACAGUACAAGUCAACCCACGACAUCAAAAGAUUCGUCUCCAGACCUGAGUUCCGAUGAGGGAAUGGCUUUUAUUAUGCCUCUAUCACACAAUGGAACUUUAGCGGCAACUGGUGAUGAUGGACGUGUGAGGUUGAUUGUCCCUAUCAGCCCUUCAGAGAGCACAUCCGAUUUUGGAGAGAUACCCGAUAUAAAGGAGCCUACUGGAGCCACGUUGAAAGUUCCCGGCGCUGAAGCUGCAGCAGCUCCGAUCACGCGAACGACCAGCGAAAGAGUCCCAAAUCGAAGCGAAAUGAUGACAGAAUUGCGAUCACAGUGGACCAGGCACACUACUAAGUAGGAUUAUUAAUUCAGUUACCAUUAUGUUGUAUACUAUUAUAUUAUUUUAAUUUUAGAAACAAGUGCCAAAAACACGCCAAAAAUUUUUUUACAUAUCAAAAUGUGUUUGUUUUAUGUGUCAAUUUAAUUGCGUAUAUUGUUCCCUUAUGAAAUAUAUUUUAAUAUUAUAAGUUAUAGACGGUUAAAUCGAGUGCCAAGUACUCAAUUAUUAAGUAUGUUAUAAAUAUGAUUGAUAUAUUAUUAUAUAUGGUGGUAUGUUUAAACUUCACUAUGUAUGUUACAUAUCUUUCCUUCAUAUCGCAUUGUUACGAUAUAUAAUCUUUAUAUAAAUUGUAUUGUAGUUUGAACAAUUUGGUACUCCAAUUCGUUCAAUAUAUUUAAUAUAUAAAACUUUUAGAAAAAGAAAUUUCGAUUUUGUGUAAUAAUGAGUUGUAAUGAAAUUAUAAUCUCGUAUAUAUAACUAUAUAAUAAACACUAUGUUUAUAUAAUCUUUAUGUAAAAAUAUAGUAUACAUUAUCUCCCAUAUCCACAAAAAAAUUUCGUUAUUUCCGAGCGUAGAGCGUACCAAUUUUUUAAAGGGCGGCAACUCACGUCCGAGCCCGCUGGUAUUGAGUGUCCAUGGGCGACGGAAUCAUUUAACAUCAGGUCAGAUUCCGCGUUUGUCCUGUUCUAUAAAAAAGUUAUAUUUCGUGUCAUUCUGUGUAUUGUGUUUAUGCUGUGAAGGUAAAACCACAUAGACCAAAACGGUACAACAAAACAUAUUUUUAUGAAUGUUGUCUUUUAGAAUCUGUCAAAGUUAUACUUGAACCUUGUAAAUUUAGAUAUAAAUGUUUUGUGUACGCAGUAGAGUAGCGACACCCUAAUUCAAAUGUUUGGCAAUACCAAUGCCUAAUAGAGCAUCGCUGCGCAGCGCAAUCGCGCCGAUACUCCUGCGCUCGUUAGUGGACACGCUGUAUUUGUCACGUGAUCCGUCAUUUGUCACUUUUACUGUUAACUUUCAUAGUAGAGUAUUUUUCCAUCAACAGGCAUUGAUGUAAGUAAAACAUUCAACUGAAUGUUGUAUGUGUAGCACAAAUUUGAGUUACCGCAGCAGUUGCAACUGAGUUAGUGACAGUCAUACGUACGGAGGUUGAAUACGUAAAAUAUAUGUAUUUUAUUAAAUAUUGUGUGUAAAACGUGAAUAUGGACUUAUUUGUGCCAAAUAUGAAAUAUUUUAAGUAAUUUUCGCUUAUCAUGACCGCAAAUAUUGGAACGUCAUAUUAUAUAAAUACGUCAAAACGUCAUACACACUGUAUCGCACAAUAGGUACCGAUCCCGACUUUAAUGUUGGCUCAGAUCACGAUUAGAAGUUACAGAAUACCGGCGCUGGUCAUGGCAUAUGCUUAUACUUUACCAAAGAUAGUCAUUAUUUAUAUCGAUGUUAAGUAAAAUAAUUGAUGUAUACAAAAUUCUUUAUAGUGCUAAUAUAGAUAGUCAAUCCUGUCAAAACUAUAGUCAAAUAUAAAAUGUUAUUCGUAGUAUGCAGAUAUGCUUCUCGGGUUUUUCAUUGUUUCGAAGCUUCUGUGUGCCUACACGGAUUUCUUAGCUGAUCAACCUAUUUUACCUAUUGUCAUUCUUUCUUUACAGUCUAUCUUUCCCUCAUUUAAUGUUUAUAUUCUUGCAAGCUGAUAUUUUGCCUAGAUAUUUGUAGUUUUAGUACGUUUAUUAAUAAUAUAUGGGUAGAACUGUAAUCGUAUCUUUAAAACAUAAUAAUCAGUAACUAUAUUAUUAGCUUGACAUUUAAUCGUUGUAGUACAGAACGUUGAAUAUUUGUGUCCAAAAAACCCACUUGGGUGAGAAUAUAAAACUAAAACACUUUCUUUGAUUACCCAAAAGCUAUAGCUAUAUUGGGUACUAUUGUAUGGCAAACGUUUGCCUAUGUAAUGAUAAUGUGUACUACAAGAUUCAUCGAACAAACUAUCCCGUGUAUCGAAAACUUUGAAAUAAUCGUGAACGUUGUUCAUUAACAUUUAAACAAAUAUCCACAUUCGUGACAUUACGAUUCGAUGAAUCUUGUACAUUUAAAUAUAUUAAAGGAAAAAUCACUAUCAAAGUUACUUGAUGUUUAUAGAGUUAUU